GCGAGUGCUCUAACCACUGAGCUACAGGACUCCAUUUGACAGAGGUAGAAGUUAGACACAGCGUAUAAGCGGCUCCAAACUUCGGGGAGGUGGAGGGAACAUCCACUUGGUUACUGGCAACUGAUGGGUUUGUUUGGCAGAAGGUUUGGACAACGGUUGGACUCCGCACCUCCCACCCCCGUGAGAGCCUGUCAACUGGUUCAGCGUAAGAUUUACAUGUGUUUACCACCGGCGGAAAAAAACAAACGGCCUCUUGUGACUUUGCUGAGACCAAUGGAAAAGCCUCCAAUAAUUUGCUGGGCUUAAGCUUCCUUUACAAUAGUAGAACGUGGAAUAGAGUCAAGAGACCCGGAAUCGGAUCUGUCACUGAUUCUUUUUUUGAAAAGAAGACAAAGACAAAGAAACAGCAACUUUCAGACUAAGCCGCCACCCUGUCCUUUAAACCCCUCGACAGCCUUCGGAAGGGUUAAUGUGAUUGUUCCAUUUGGUUUCCCCCAAGGUCUGGACACUUGACACUUGAGCGUCGUUAACAACCAGAGCAAAACUCAUCUCUGGAGAGAGAGAGAGAGAAAUAUAUAUAUCACAGAAAUGACUCGAGAACCCGAGGAAGAUAGGAUCAUGGCAAUUCAACCUCAAAAUAUCCCAAACCUCAGGCAACUGUGUUCGGGCUUUGCCAACAUCUACCGCUCAGCCAGCCCGGACCAUGCCAGCGAGGAGGAGGUCAGAGUUUUGAAGGAGCUCUUGGGGAUCCGAUUGAUCAUCGACCUCCGCUCAUCCGAGGAACUCCAAGAUUCGUCUCACGGGGGUCGGAAGCCGAUCGAUAUUUCCUACGAAAGACUGAAGGUCACAGAGGAGGAAAUGGAAGACACGAAGCGCAAGGGCACCACAGGGAAACUGCUCUCAGGGGAGGCACAAGGCGUCCGCUGUGUCCUGAGCUUUGCCACCAAGAAAUACAAGGCUCGACUCCUCACAACCAUGUCCGCCUGCCAGAAAGUGCUGCUGAUGUUCAUGGCUCUGAUCGAUCGGGUUUUCCACACCUGGCUGUCUCAGAGAUACCUGACCACCCGUGUCCUUAAUCCCAGGGGGGUGAAGCAACAGUACACAGAUCUGGUCGACACUUCCCAGACUGUCAUCUUUACAAUCUUGAAGUUGUUGUCUGAGCCCAGAAAUGUCCCUGCUCUGAUACACUGCACGGCUGGGAAGGACAGGACUGGGGUCACUGCUGCUCUCAUACAACUAGCCGUAGGUUGGCCAAAGAAAAACAUCAUAGAGGACUACACGGCCAGCACGCAAGGUAUAAAGCCGAUAUAUGAAAAGCUUCACACACUUUACUGUAAAAAAAUGGGAUUCACCGAAGAUCUCCUACUAAGCUCCAAAGAAUAUAUAAAAGCAGUACUGGAACACGUAGACAAUACAUAUGGAUCCGUGAAUGACUACCUAACAAGUUUUGGAUUCGGUCCAGACGACCAGGAGAAACUGAAGAGAAAUAUAUUGAGAAGUAAAAUAUAGCAGGAUGCAUACACAGACAUUAUUGUGUUUGUACAUUGAGUUACAGUUAGCACUAGUAAUAUCACUAAUAGAGCUGAGUCUGAAGCCAGGUUCCCAGUGUUUGAUUAUAGAAGUUGUAGUCUAAUAAUAAUGAACAUUAAACAAAUUUAGAAUGGAGAAAGUACUGACAGUCAUGGGAUAGGACACAUCUGGUUUUCUCUGUUUUUGAAAGAAUAACAGGACAGCUCUGGAAAAGGGCAGAGGGUCACCUCUUAUCAGUAAAUGACAACAAGCCACAGAGGUAACGGUCCAAGGUACCGGUCGACACAGGAUCUCGACUUAGUAAUAAGUUGCUAGAUUCUGACAGGGACUGCCAAGCGACAAAAGGCAACCAGCAACAACAACAAUAUGAUUGCAUUUACAGAGCGCCUUUCACGUCGGGAGGACGUCCCAAGGCGUUGAAGAAUAGCAACAAAUGAGCAAGUUGCUUAAACUAGAGGACCUUGGUACCAUCCCGGGAUACUGAUAAGAAAUAACAAGUCACUUGAAACGAAUGUACUAAUGAUUCCACAUAAUAAAAUAACAAGCACCAGAUGCAGUCAAACUGAUCAGUCUCCUAUCUUAGACAGGAAAAAGGGAAGACCUCGUGAAGACUCAGUCAUGCUGGCACCAAGCCACAUGAUUGAUUAACCUGAGUACGUGACUGUAUCAGAAGUGGGUAGAGGGGCCCUAGUUAGGCCGAGGCAGUUGGUCGACAAACUGCCGAAUAAGGUGAGGUAAAAUACGAAGAGAUUGGAUAUGUAAAUACGGGAUGUAAUGGCAAGUCAGGCGACUGACUAUAAGUAGCCGAAAAAGAGAAGUGGAAAGCAGUCCGGAACAGCGCUAACAGACGGUCAUGGAAGAUUGAAAGCCUGAAUAACUGAAGCAACUAAGAAAGAACCCUGUUCCGGACUCGCAGUACUCGUUCUAGUGGCGUUGACGGUUGACUGCUGAAAUAAGUGCAUUUCAAUGGUAUUUUUGUUUGAAUAAACUUGGCUUAACAGACUUUACCUAAA